UCCCAACGGCCGGCGCUGUGAUUGACAGGAGGGUGCUGGGCGGGGGCGGGCCAGGGAUAAAAGUGGAACAAGGGCACACGCAGACAAACAAGGGACGAGAGAAGCGUUUGGAGAUGUAAAUCUGCGGGAUUCACUCCCAGUCAGAGUUUGAGAAGAAACGAGAAUACAAAAUAAAUAAAGAAGGAAAAAGAAAGAAAGAUCGGAUGGUUCCAACUUUUCGGGCCGACUUGCCACAUUGAGAAGCGUGGAGGAUGAACUCCGUGGGAGUCAGCAGUUCCGCGAAGCCGCCCACCGGGAAAAUGAAGGCCAGAGCUCCACCGCCGCCACCCCCUGCAGCCCCCAGACCAGCUCCUCGCCGGAACUUCCCCCCCACGUUGCCUUUGUCCCAAGAGGAUGGAGACCGCAGCUCAGGGGACCAGAAGGAGAACGUGCUGAGGGACUCGCUGGAUGUUCUGCUCACUCUACCCGGUGGCAUCCAGAAGAGGACUACAGUUAGUGGAAGCAAAGCUCUGAUGGACUUACUGGUGGAACUGUGCAGCCAGUACCACCUUAGCCCAGUGCACCACACCCUGGAACUACAGACUAGAGAUGCUCAGCCGUUGGCCUUCAAACCGAACACCCUGCUGGGAAUGCUGGAUGUGCACACCGUGUUAAUUAAAGAGAGAGUUGCGGAGGAGAAGCCCAAACGACCGCCGCCCAAACUGCCAGAGAAGACCGUGAGGCUGGUGGUGAACUACCACAAGACCCAGAAGGCAGUGGUGCGUGUAAGCCCUGUUGUCCCACUGAACAAUUUAAUUCCCAUCAUUUGUGAAAAAUGUGAAUUUGAUCCCCGGCACAUUGUCCUACUGAGUGACAGCAGCAGCAGUAAGGGCCUGGACCUCUCUAAAUCCUUGAGCGACCUGGGAAUUCGGGAGCUCUACGUCUUGGACCACAGCUUAGUUCUGCGCUCUAAAAUUCACUCGGCGCCAAUUCUCAAUUUCUCAGAUCCAAGUCGGACGUCUUCAGUGAGCACAAGUGUCUCAGAUAAAAAGGGCCUCCUGGGUUUCUUCAAGCUUAGAAGAAAAAGUAAGACUGAAGAGCCGAGGCCGAUGGAGAUGGAUGCUUUUGAUGGUAGUAGAUAUGCGCCCACCACAGGAGCCGACGAUGAAGGCAAUUACACAGCGCCGAAUACCCCGGGUAUAAACUCCCGAGAGUGCACCAUAGCGGCAUGUCAUUCAAUGGGGAACAUUUCAAGACUGUCGCCCAAAUCCGAACUGAAGAAACGGCGAGCACCGCCACCUCCACCUCCGGGGUCGGCGUCCAUGCAGAACUUCCAGAGUGUUUCCCUCGAUGAUAUUCAGAUUAUCCACGACUCGCCCAACAUUAACCAGCAGAAGAAGCGACGUGCACCUCCACCACCUCCGCCGCCAGCUCCUGGUUCAAGUGGCCCGACGGAGGAGACGCCCCUCGAUCGAUCUCGCCUUAUGGAGGUAGUGGAGUCCCCCUGCAGUGACAAAGAGGUGCCACCGGAGUCCUCGCCCACGCAAGGUGGUGAAGAGCCCUCGGACGUCAAGCGUGAGUUGACAGAAGAAGAUGCCAAGUGUGAGGCCAAUAAUAAAACAGCGGAGGAGGCGGAAAAUAAGAGACACAGCACCAUGGCUUACUGUUGUGCACCAGUCUCUUUCCGGGUCACUCGCCUCUAAAAGCCCAUUGGACCUUAGCAGACCUGCACUUCUACUUCUUCUCUUGCCGUCUUCUGACAUCCCUCCUCUUCAUCCUUUCCUGCUGAUGAACCUUUGCUCCUCUCUUCAGUGCUUCAUUUCUGACCCCCACACGCCCUCUUCUGCUCUCCUUCAGACUCCCUCUUGUAUUCAUUCGGUCCUCUGUGUUCUGCUGAUGAGUGAUGGAGUUCAUGUUUUUAUAAACGACUUUGAAAUGUUCUGAUUGAAGUUCAAUAAAUAUGUAAAUAGA